CCCACUACAACGCUGCCUGUCGUUGUAGUUAGCAUGUUGCUAACAGCCUCUAAAGCCAGCACCAAUGGCCAGCACAGUGUCAGAGAAUCCUUGUAUUGUCCAGAUGGAGGACUACCUCACCAUCUGUCACCUCGGUCCUCCUCCGGCACACGACCAGCGUUAAAUCCGGAGGACGCCACGAUGAGAGCCGUUAGCCGUGGGUCAAAAGUUAGCUUUAUUAGCCUAGCAGCGCCCUUGUAAGCUAAUUAGCAUGGUACAAACCAAACUUAUUGAGACGUCCUAAUAUCAAUAACCACCAGAGAGACAGUGAGCCAGUCCUGAUUUCAGUGUUGACUUUAGACACAGACUCUUCAAACGGACCAGAAGACUUGCCUUAAAGCUGUGGGUUUCGCCGUGGCGUGCUGCCUCUUUGCUCCCUGAGUCUCUUCGGCUGUUGAGCAGCAUGACUUGGUUUACAUUUUCUGCUGACAGUCUGCUGUGCAGGUGUCUUGGCAUCGCCAUCACUGUGUGGUUUACUCUUCUGUUUGUCUUCACAAUCGUGCCAGCUGUACUUGGAGUCUCUUUUGGUAUACGAAGAGUCUACAUGACGACACUUCUCAAGGUCUUUGAGUGGGCAACCAUACGAAUGGAGAUGGGAGCAAAGGAAAAGAACCAGGAACUCUAUAAACCCUAUAGCAAUGGAAUCAUUGCCAAGGAACCACCAUCAUCUUUGCAGCAGGAGAUCCAGGAGCUCCGGGGUUCUGCCAGCUGCCUGCGCUCAGAGCCGGAGUUUGAAAUGGCUGACAUUUUCUACUUCUGCCGGAGAGGCAUGGAGAGCAUCGUGGAUGACGAGGUGACCAAGCGCUUUUCGGCCCAGGAACUGCAGAGCUGGAACUUGCUGACUCGAAGUAACUACAACUUCCGACAUAUCAGUCUGAGAGUUACUGUCCUGUGGGGACUAGGGGUCCUCAUCCGCUACGGCAUCCUGCUGCCCCUCAGGGUUACUCUGGCAGUCACUGGCAUUAGUCUGCUUCUAGUCCUGACUACGUUCGUGGCCUUUUUACCAAAUAAAGAUUUAAGGUUCUACCUGAGUGAGAAGAUUCAUCUGAUGUGUUACCGCAUCUGUGUGAGAGCUCUCACAGCAAUCAUCACGUAUCAUAACAGAGAGAACAAACCAAAGAAUGGCGGUAUCUGUGUGGCCAAUCACACAACACCCAUUGAUGUCAUCAUCUUAGCCAACGAUGGCUGCUACUCUAUGGUUGGCCAGGUGCAUGGAGGGUUGAUGGGAAUGAUCCAGCGAGCCAUGGUCAAAUCCUCUCCACACAUCUGGUUUGAAAGAUCAGAAGUCAAAGACAGACAUCUAGUGGCCAAAAGGCUAAGUGAUCAUGUUGCUGACAAAACUAAACAGCCCAUCCUGAUCUUCCCUGAGGGUACUUGCAUCAACAACACAUCUGUGAUGAUGUUCAAAAAGGGCAGCUUUGAAAUUGCCUGCACAGUAUAUCCAGUUGCCAUCAAGUACGAUCCUCGGUUUGGGGAUGCUUUCUGGAACAGCAGUAAGUUUGGCAUGGUGAAUUAUCUGCUGAGGAUGAUGAGCAGCUGGGCCAUUGUCUGCAGCGUUUGGUACCUGCCGCCGAUGAACAAAAAGGAAGGGGAGGACGCGGUGCAGUUUGCCAACAGGGUGAAAGCAGCCGUAGCUGCACAAGGAGGAUUAGUGGAUCUCAUUUGGGAUGGAGGACUGAAACGAGCAAAAGUGAAAGAUGCUUUUAAAGAAGAGCAGCAGAAGCUUUACAGUAAAGUUCUUGUAGGUGAGCAGGACGAGGGGGACCAAAGUGACAACACACAUUUAGAGGAUGGGAAUCCAGAGGAGGAUAAAAACAAAUAAGACUCAAGAAAAGGACAAUGAGGAUGCAGUGAAUGUAUGAUGUCGUAAAUACAGAAUCUUACAUAAUAGUGAAUGUGAAUUAUCAGAAGUAGAAAUGUAUAUUUAUGGUCAGUGUAACUGUGUCAUUUCUACCAUACUAUGAGUGAAAGUAUUUAUGUUUUGAUAUUUAUGUUUUUGUCUGUGUAAAAUCUUUAUUUAUUUACAUUUGUAUGAUGUGAAAUUAGGAGAAUGGGUACACUUACAGUACAGGAAGGUCAAACAAAUGCUCAUAGGUCACUUUUUUUAAUUGUUCAUAGAUGAAAUUCUUAAAGUGACCUUUGUUCUGCCUCCUUUUCACUGCCCAGGAGCUUGAUAUGUGUCUGAUUAAAACACAUUCUCUUCUAAAAACUAUGAGCUUUUUGUAAAGAAUUUAAAAUUAUUUCAGAAAAUCUGUUAAAGCUGGGGUAGGCAGAAUUUAAGGGUGCUUUCACACCUACCCUGUUUGGUUCGGUUCAGUAGAACUCGUUCGUUCGUUUGCCCCCUAAGUGCGGUUCAUUUGGGCAGGUGUGAACACAGCAAACACUGGAACGAGACCUUCUUGAAGAGGUGGUCUCGGUCCGGUUUCAAACAAACUCUGGUGCAGUUCAUUUGUGGUGAGAAUGUGUUCCAAUCUCGAUCAGAACCAGCUGCAGUCACAUGACACAUUGUUUGGGUUAAACAUGAGCAUGUUACAGUCCUGGAGGAUUAUUAAUGUGCACCUCCUCCUGUACUGCCUUAAUAUGCACAUUCAGCACAUCCAAUGCAUCAAAACAUUGUUUUCUAGUUGGAGCCGCGCCUCGUUUUCAAACUGUAUGGUUUGACUAAAAUGAACAAUGACAGCAAUAUAGUCCACGAUGAGCAGCGCUAAAAUCAACCUGCGUAGUUGUCCCUCCAUUGUGACAUUAGAAAGUGUCACAUUUAUCUUGCAAGUGUACUCUUCUUCAAUGUUUUGUUUACUUCCUGGAUUUUUCCCGUAUGGAUAUUCGGACCAAUCAAGAGCAGCUUUCUGGAGCAAGGCAUUUGAUCUGGUCCGCUUGUAAAUGCUGCUGUGAAAACACAAACCAACUCUAGGCAAUUAUGCAAAUUUGUAACAAAAUUAGUCCCUGAUUCAGACCAAAGCAGGACAACUCUAGGUCUGAAAGCACCCUAAAAAUACACCCUCCUCCUGCAGCUCUCUCCUCUCUGUCCUAAGCCCCUCCCACCAGAUGACCAUGGGCAUAUGAACAUGCUUCAAAGAGUAACCCAGUGUUUCCUGUGCAAUGAUUUAUUACAUCUUAUUUCACUGUAGAGCUGCACACAGUGCUCUCUUUCUCUCUCUCAGAUGACACACUGUGAUUCAAGGCUCUCUAACAUCAGCUACAUAAAUGUGAACUUGAAAUUUGAGGCUUUGGCUGCAAUUAGCUGAAGGCCAAAUUAAACAUUCCUCUCCAUCUCUGUGAUGCUUUGUC